ACCAUCAGUACCACAAACAUUUGGGCUGCCGAUUCCUUGUUGGAGAUGGGAAGGGGGGUGACCUGUGCAUUGUGCAGGCAGCGUCCCUGACCUCCACCCACUGGAUGCCAGUAGCACCCCUCCUCCAAGUUGUGACCACGCAAAAUGUCUCCAGACAUUUCAAGUUGUCCCCCGCGGGGCACAUUCACCCUCAGUGGCGAGCCUUGGCAAUGGCUGUGUUUAACCACCAGCUCACAAAAUCUACAAACACGGCAGUAGGCUCUUAUGAGCCUAUAGGAGCCCCCUCCAGCACAUCAAGGACACUAUGUCUGGCUAAAUGUAGGGCAUGGGCUUUUCCCCCUAGAAUUCUUUCUCAGAAAAGAGCGGCCACCUUAGGCCAUAGAUUACGGUCUGAACAGAGCCCCAGGCCCCAGAGGGCUCUCUCAGCCUUUGACCCGCCCCCAAGGUGGUCGACAGAGUGGGUGAGGCGUUGCCAUGGUGAUCUGUUCUGAUGUUUAGUGAAAUGUAAGAGGAGGAAAAAAGUAAUGCUUCUGAAUUAAUAUCUCAUUUUCAUAUGUUAUUCUAUAACCCUGGAAGUCUGUAUGUUCAGAUUGGCAAAACAAAACACCAAACCCAGACAAAUGAAACUUUAAAUGAAGUCUUCCGCUGGGACAAUCUGACCCCCUGUGUCUGGGGCCACCCUGUGUGGCCUGGGCUCCUGCUGAGGCCCAUGCGGUGCGUCCCAUCCUGCAGGCCAGGCUGCCCACCUCUGACUGGCCACUUGGCCCAAGUCCUAUUUUUCCCCAGCUUCAAGCUCAGGGUUUGGCUCUCCUCGAUUCAUUCAUUCAAAAUAUUUACUUAGCACUGACUAUGUACCAAGGAAAAUGAAUGACUGAAGGAAGAGGUUUCUGCUCUCUGCAGUUUUUCAGCAUUCCGUGGCUGUCACUGAGGCGAGGAGAGGCGCAGGCCCAUGUGGAUGCUGAGGGGACACGGGCGCUGGAGAGAGGAGAAGAGGGGAGGGGCGGUAAUGUGUGUGGGUGGCUGUCUUAUGCCUGGAACCGAGCGAGACAUUGUCCAUCGUCUCAUCCCACCCACCCGCCGUGCUUCUGAGGGAGGGUCUGUGUAUUUAUGGAACAUCUGCCUCCCUGCUCCAGAGGGUAGGUGCCCUGAGGACAGGGUGCAGGGGCCUGUACCUGCAGGAGAUAAGAACAGUGCCAGGCCCAGAGACGGGAAGAUAAAAGGAAGAAAAGAAAGGAGGGAAGUCAGAAAGAUGGAUGGAAAGAGGAGAGAAGGGAAGGAGGGAGGGGAGAGGCAUAAGCAAAGCCCCUCUGGAGAUGAGGGGACUCAGGACAAAGGCACUGACUGAAGCAGUCAGGGAAGGCUUCUUGGAUGAGGUGACAUAGGGAAGAAAGGAUUGCCGUUGGGAGAACUGAAGGAGAAGCUUCUAUAGAAAGAAGAAAUAGGGCAUGUCCCCAGAGGUAUCGGAAAUGUGAGGGUCUAAACUGGGAAGAGAACAUCAUAUUAUAAACUAUUGUUUUCCAUCUGAGACUAGGAGGAAGACAGCUUAAAAAACUUCCCUGUCUCCAGCAAGGGUAACAUAACCAUCUCUUCCCACCCCAAGGCCUUCUCACUUGAGGGACAUUUAGGCAGGAACUGUCCCCUGGGCACCAAAAGCAAGGCACAGUGUUGGCCAGUGGAAAGGUGGUAACAACAAUCAUCAUAUUACCAAUGAUGUUGGCUUCAUUUGAUCAAUUCCCUACUGUGUACCAAGUCUUUCUAUGUGCCUUCAACCUGUGAGGUAAAUAUCACCUGAAUAUUCCAGAUGAGGGAAAGUAUGCCUCAGAGAGGUGUUAAACUGGCCCGAGGUCACACAGGACUCAGGCAGGGUCUGCUUGCUUUUAGGGUCUGCACUGUUUCCUGCGCCAGCAGCCCUCCCUUCCCUCUCUCAACCCUAGAGAAGACUGGAGAAUGUUCAGGUGCUGUCUGCGGGCUCUUUGGGGUCCAGCUGCCAGCCCACUCAUUGAAAUUUUUAUUAGCCCUUGACUUUCAGGUCUCCAGCUUCUUAGGUUACCAGCAAACGGGCCAUGCUCCUCCAUUAAGAAACCCUCCCCUCUGUUCACGGCCACCUGGUGGCUCCCCUCCUUCCUCACCCUGCACCCCCUGGAAAUCUCCACGAGUAUGGAUCAUGGCCGGAAAAGCGAACAUGUGAACGCAGACAGGGGACUGGAAAAAUUGCUGUGUGCCCAGAAGCCAAUGUGAAGCCCAGAGCCUGGGAGCUUGACUUGGUCAGGGCCCCCGUCCAGCACCCCUCGCCUCUCAGCCCUGCCAGGCAUGCCACCGUGCCCAGAGAGCCAUGCAGAAGCCCAAAGGAGCCAUGCUUGGUUUUGAGCUGCGGUACAACAGGAGCACCGGCAACCGGGGGCUCUCUCCUCCCUGUGACUCUGCCCUCCGGGCCCGGCACAAGACUCUUCCCUCCCUUGGGGUGUGAUUUCUCCAUUUGGCAAAUGGAGCAGCCUGUAGCAUGCUCCCUCAGGCUCUCCAAAUCUGUGAAAUGAGGGUGACAUUUCCUGUCUUCCUGUCUCCUUCCCCCUUCCGGGCUGUCCUGACAAGCAGGUGCACUAAUGGUGGGUAAACAGGCAGGCAAUGUUCUGACACAGGGAGGGCCUUUCUGGCAGAGCAGACAAGCUUGUACACAAAUAACUCUGCUACCAGGGAGUGUGUGAUAAGGGCCCUAGAAACCUCUUUGCUGCCAUAGCCACCUGCUCCUCACGCCUCCCUGCUCCCUGAUGACUGCUCUCACACCCAGAAAGUGGGUCAAAAUGUAGGGCAGAAGGAAUGCCCCCUUGUGUGGUCCCCACCCUACCCAACUGAGUCAUGAUUGCCAUUGGGGCAGAGGUGGAGGAAACUUACGGGGUUAGGGCACGUCUUCGUCCAAAAUACAGCCCUGGCCAGUCAUUCUCCCUCCCCCAAAUGCCCAUGGCUCCCUGUUGCCUUCUGGUUAUGGUCCAAGUCCCUUAGCUUGGCAUUGUCAAGACCCUUUACACCUAGCCCAGGGCCUGGCGUGUAGAAGUGCUCCGUGAGUAUCUGGGCAGGGAAUGGACCCUUCUCUGGCCCAUCCUCCUCCCUGGUGCUCAUCCCAGGCGCACAGGACACACUUCAGCCACACCAGGCUGCCUGCUGUCUCCCAAGCACCCCGUGGACUCAGCCACCUCUUCAUCUCUGAAUGUUCUUCAAGGCCUUUCUCAUUGCUGCCUUCUCCCUUGAAGACCUUCCUGCCUUGCCAGACAGAACCACACAGUCCCACUUACAAGGUACUAUUAUUGUGUGAAUGGUUAGAAGUGUGGUCUCUAGAGCCAGACCGCCUCGGCUCCAGUAUCUAGCUCUGCCCCUUACUGGCUGUGUGACCUUGGGAAAAUUCGACUCUCUCUCUGUGCCUCGGUUUCCCCAUUGCUGACACGGGGAUGUAGUCGCACCUCCUCUUAAGGUUGUUGGAGGAACAAAUGAGUUCAUCUUUAUGACACGCUUACUUAGAGCAGCAGCUGGCACCUGGUUUCUCUCCUGUGUGAGUUUUCUGAUGUUGACUGAAGACUGAGUAAUAUUUGAAGGUCUUCCCGCAUUCACCGUAUUCAUAGCAUUUUUCCCCACCACGAACUUUCCGAUGCUCAUAAAGGAAUGAAUUGUUCCCAGCGCUUCCUCAGUUCACUGGUCGUGAAUGCACACUCGUGAAUAGUCUCUCCAGGAUGAGGUUCCCGCUGUUGAGUAAGACGCGUUUCGUUUAAAUGAUUUCCCAUAGGCGGCUCAUUCAUGGGCUUUCUCUCCUAUGUGUAUUUUCUGACACUGACUUCAUGACUUUGGAUAAGUUAUUUAUUGGAGUCUUAGGUCUAAAAAAUGGGAAUAUUCAGAUGGAAAAACAUAAUAUCUCAAAGCGUGUGAAUUGCUCAGCGCUGUACCUGACUCCUAAGGAGAGCUUAGUACACCGUGGUCAUCGUGCUUGGUGGCUUUCUCUAACUGGGCUGUAUACCAGGGUCAUUCAUCAGCAGGGACCAUGAAUUGUUCACCUUAGUGCCCCCAGAGCCUGGCAGUAGUAGGGGCAGUGUGAAUGUAGGUAGGUGAGUGGUAAAUGGGAGAACUUUAUCAAAGCUGAGCAGGGGCCCAUUUUAGAUAUAUCGGUUGUAUUCCUGACUCAGCCUGACGGGGGGCUGGGACACUGCCCCUGUGAAGCAUUUUCUAAGCCUGGUGCCCAUUGAUCCUGACAGCCAAAGAGAAGUAUAGACAGAAGAAGAAAUUUCUAGAGUCUGCUCACCGAGAGCAAAGGAUCAUCACCAACCACCAUCUUUUUAAACCUUCUCCAUCCUCACUGUUGACAGUUUUCUCUUAGAGCAUUUGUUCAUUCAGCAACAUUCAACCCAUAUUUAUUUACAGAGCCCCUACUGUGCUCCAAGAACCAUGCUGUGCCCUGGGGAUCCAGUGUCAAUAACGCAAAUGAGAUCUGUGCUCUCAUUCAUGUUAAGUGAAGCAGAAAGUGAGCAAACAAACCAUCACAAAGUGUGGGAGAUGCUGUGACUCCCCACUGGGUGUGGGACUUAGAGGGAGUCAGGGAAGGCUUCCUGGAGAAAGAAAUAGCUGAGCAGAAGACAGCACAGCAGGCCUGGGAGGGAUCAUAUCACAGAUUUAUGGACUCUGGAUUGUAAAAUUGCAGAAGGAGAGACUCUAACAUCAAAGGAUUCAGAGUAAUAGGAUCCAUAUUUCUCUACUUUACUAGCAAUGUUUUUUUUUUUUUUUUUUUUUCCAGCCUCUUCUUUCACCAAGACCUGAGACAUAUCUUGUUAGGGAAAACCUGGCAUCUUUGCAAAGUAAUUUAUGCUUAUUAUACAACAUAGAAAAAUAAGAUGUAUCAAGGAGUGGGUUGGUGGGUGGAGGGAGUCUCCUUCAACCCCUGUUAAUAUUUAGGCACAUUUCCUUUCUUUUCAUUUAUUUUCAGGGGUUUGUUUUAGUAUUAUUUUUUAAUUGACAUAUAAUUAAUUUAUAUACCAUCAUAUUCCGAAUUUUUGCAUAAAAUGUAGUGGUGUGGUUUUUAGUAUAUUCACAAGAUUGAACAACUGUCUAAUUCCAGGACAUUUAAAAAAUGUCUAUUUUGGGCGAGAAAGAGAGAGAGAGAGCAAGAGCAAGCUCACACAUGCAUGUGCAGGGGAGGAGCCGAGAGGGAAUGAGAGAGAAUCCCAAGCAGGCUCCACGCUAUCGGCCCAGAGCCAGUGACUUGGGGCUUGGCCACUUCACACCAUGAGAUCAUGACCUGAGCCAAAAUCAAGAGUUAGAUGCUUAACUGACUGAGCCACCCAGGCGCCCCUAAUUUCAGGACAUUUUCAUCACCCCAAAGAGAAACCCCAUACCCAUUAGCUGCCACUCCUCAUUUCUCCCUCACACCAACCCCGGCAACCACUGAUCUGCUUUCUGUCUCUAUGUACUUGUCUGUUCUGGACAUUUCCUGUAAAUGGAACCACACAAAUAGGUGGUCUUUUGUGUCUGACUUCUUUCAUGUGACAUGUUUUUGAGGUUUGUCCAUGUUGUAGCAGGAAUCUGUAUGCUAUCUCCUUUUAUAGCUAAAUAAUAUUUCUUUGUAUGGAUAUACCACAUUAAAAAUACAUUCAUCAAUUGCUGGACAUUUGAUUUUCUUCCUCACCCUUUAUGACUGUUAUGAACAGUGUAUGCUACGAACAUUUCUGCACUAGUUUUUGUGUGGGCAUCUAUUUUCUAUUCUUUCAGGUAUGUACCUAGGGAUCGAAUUGCUGGGUCAUAUGGUAACUGUGUUUCACUUUCAGAGAAACUGCCAAACUGUUUUCCAAAGUGAUCCCACCAUGUUGCAUUACCACCAACGAUGCAUGAGGAGGGUUUCAAUUUCUCCACAUCCUUGAUAACACUGUUACUGUCUUCUUUUGGAUUGGUGUUCAAGAAGGCCAGCCCAAAUGGAAAGCUCACUGUGUAUCUGGGAAAGCGGGACUUUGUGGACCACAUCGACCUCGUGGACCCUGUCGAUGGUGUGGUCCUGGUGGAUCCUGAGUAUCUCAAGGAGAGGAGAGUCUAUGUGACACUGACCUGCGCCUUCCGCUAUGGCCGGGAGGACCUGGAUGUCCUGGGCCUGACCUUUCGCAAGGACCUGUUUGUGGCCAACGUGCAGUCCUUCCCGCCAGCCCCUGAGGACAAGAAGCCCCUGACACGGCUGCAGGAGCGCCUCAUCAAGAAGCUGGGCGAGCACGCCUACCCUUUCACCUUUGAGAUCCCUCCGAACCUCCCAUGCUCUGUGACAUUGCAGCCGGGGCCUGAAGACACAGGGAAGGCCUGUGGUGUGGACUAUGAAGUCAAAGCCUUCUGUGCUGAGAACCUGGAGGAGAAGAUCCACAAGCGGAAUUCCGUGCGCCUGGUUAUCAGGAAGGUUCAGUAUGCCCCGGAGAGGCCUGGCCCCCAGCCCACAGCUGAGACCACCAGGCAGUUCCUCAUGUCGGACAAGCCCCUGCAUCUAGAGGCCUCCCUGGAUAAGGAGAUCUAUUACCAUGGAGAACCCAUCAGCGUUAAUGUUCACGUCACCAACAACACCAACAAGACAGUGAAGAAGAUCAAGAUCUCGGUGCGCCAGUAUGCGGACAUCUGCCUUUUCAACACAGCCCAGUACAAGUGCCCUGUGGCCAUGGAAGAGGCUGAUGACACAGUGGCACCCAGUUCGACAUUCUGCAAGGUCUACACACUGACCCCCUUCCUGGCCAACAACCGAGAGAAGCGGGGCCUCGCCUUGGACGGGAAACUCAAGCAUGAAGACACGAACCUGGCCUCCAGCACCCUGUUGAGGGAAGGCGCCAACCGGGAGAUCCUGGGCAUCAUUGUUUCCUACAAGGUGAAAGUGAAGCUGGUGGUAUCUCGGGGCGGCCUGUUGGGAGAUCUUGCAUCCAGUGAUGUGGCCGUGGAACUGCCCUUCACCCUAAUGCACCCCAAGCCCAAAGAGGAACCCCCACAUCGUGAAGUUCCAGAGAACGAGGCGCCAGUAGAUACCAAUCUCAUAGAACUUGACACAAACGAUGAUGACAUCGUGUUUGAGGACUUUGCCCGCCAGAGACUGAAAGGCAUGAAGGACGACAAGGAGGAAGAGGAGGAUGGUACUGGUUCUCCACAGCUCAACGACAGAUAGACUGGGGCCAGCCCUCCCUCCGGGCAGCUCUGGGUCUGCUCUCCUGCACUAAGAUGCUUAUUCGUCUUCUUCCUGUUCUCGUUCCCCCUUCCCCUUUGUUCUUCUAGUUUCUACAAGGGGGCCCAGUGUUCUUCCAGGUCACGGUGGUGAACCUCUGGCCUCAGGAUUGGCCCCACAUCACCAUGCCAACAAGGGUCACAUGGGCCACCUUCACCCCUCUCACCCCUGUCGCGGGGCACCCCUCCAGCCCCUCUCUUUUCCUGCUGACCCCCCAGAAAGGCCAUCCUGGCUCUGGCCUUGGAAUUUGACUUGGGAUGGGAGCAGAACAGGGAGUGUGGGGCAUAGGGCUUGGAGGGGUGAGGUUGAGGGCUCAAGACGUGUGAGAGGGUGCCCACGGUCCUAGGUGGCUAACACAGUUCUGGCAGCUAAAAGAUGACUAUGCUGAGGGCCACCCUCUUCUGGCUGGGAGGGGCACACCUGUGGAUAGAUUCUUACUGCCUUCAGGCAGUUGAGACCCACGAAACACCUCUCUGCAUCCACCCCUCCGUCCCCACCCUACAUGCCUCUGUGUCUGACAGUGACCCUCUGUGUCUGUGGUGACCGUUUGCAGACCCCAGGAGUAGAGAAAAGCCACCAGACUGGCUUUCUCACCAGCAGUUACUCAGUCUAAGGCAAGCUGUGUGAACUAGCCCAUCUAUUUCAGUACUGUCAGGAUGUAACAUCCUAGCCACCUUGUAUCUUAUGUGUGUGUCCUGUCUGUACACAUGCACAGAGAAAUAAGGGAGGGGUCUUCAGAAAGCACCAACCGGAGGUAGAGUGAGCCCAAGCUCCUGGGGAGGUUUCCCGAAGGGUGGCUCUGAGAGAUGGGGUCGGAGCAAGAAGAUGAGAAUCUGCUCUGUUCCCUCCUUUGCGGACGUAAGAGCAAUCGGUGAUCCCUCAGGAAGUAAGGCUGGCGGUCCAGAUAGGGCUGGGGACACCGGUAUCCUCCGGCUUUCCCUUGCGGUUCAUCUGGGCUGAGCUGGGCUGGCCCUGCAGGCUGGGAGAGAGCGCUCGAGGCCACUAUACCCACAGUCAAAGGGGCUUCUUCGCAGAAGGUGGCAUGGCCCAUCAAGAUGCCCUCACCUGAAAGGAAGGGGACUGCCAGGUAGCAAAGAACCUUUCGUUUCCUUAGGGAGCUGAUGACCCUCCGCCAGUUCCCAGUGUCAUGGAUACUCACUACUCAUUGGCUGGUGUUUUGUGUGAUUGAGACCUGGGGUAUUUUUAAGCAAUAGAGUGGGCAGAUGAUGAGGUAGAAAGUGUUAAAAGGUAUUCGUUCUUGUCUGACCUUUAAGGCCCACUUACUGUGUGACCUUGGGCAAGUUCCUUUCCUUCUCUGGCCUGAGUUCUUCACCUGGGGUUUGACCAGAUAAUCGCAAAGGGACCUCCCAGCUCUGGCCUCUAAGAAUCUGUAAACCUUAGAGCUUCUGGUAUGGUAGGUGGAACCAGAGCCAGACCACUGACUCUCGUUUGUCUGCUGCCAGAGGUGAUUCAUUGGUAGUGGGGCCCUGGAGAGCUUCUAGCCACCCCCUCCCCAGGCCUGAGAAGGGCCCUUCUUGGGCCUCUGGAGGGUCAUCUGAUGUCAAGCUGUGGCCAUAGCUAGCAUGAGCUGCUUGGCCCUAGGGCCUGAGUAUUACAGAAGGCCAAGCUCGGAUUUGCUUAUGACAGGGCUUCUGGUGCCUCACAGCUCCCUGUGGAUGGCAGACCCCCUGAGGUUUACCUUAUACCCAAGCAAAUAUAUUGCUUAGCAGGGCAAGGGGAUCUCUCCUCCUUCCCUGCUCCCUUUUAUCUCUGUCCCAUGCUUGCCUGAAAAAGGAGACAACAAACUUUUAUUAUGCAA